ACCAAAUGUACCGGUGCCCAAGAGCCACAACACCACUUUCCACUUGCCCUCCCCUCGCCCUCUAGUAAACCCUCAUUUUUCCACUUGCCACCUCGAUACAACACCAUGACAGAGCCCAAAGUGAUUUGGUUUCCUGCAUUUGAGGAGGCGCUUCCUUCGUUAGAGGGGAAAACGGUUGCCAUUACAGGAUGCACACAAGGCAUUGGUUUGAUUGUUGCCAAAUCCUGUGUGAAGAAGGGCGCCGAGAAUGUGCUGUUGCUCAAUCGAAGCUCGGAGCGCGCGACCAAGGCAGAAGAGGAAAUCAAGGCAUUCAAUGCCAAUAAUGAAGGAGGCAAAAAGACCAACGUAGAGACCAUUCCCUGUGAUUUGCAAGACUUUGCUUCCGUCCGGGAAGCCAUUGCGUCCAUCUGUGCCAAAUAUGACGCUUUGGAUGUUUUGUGCAAUAAUGCUGGCAUUGCUCUUGUUCCGGACAAGGCGACUAAGGAUGGAUACUGUGUCCAGAUGCAGACCAACCAUUUGUCUCAUUUCCUGCUGGUCAAGGAUUUGUUCCCAUUGCUGCAAAAGGCAACCGAACUCCGGGGUGAAGCCAGAAUCGUUCAUCACACUUCCGGAGCGCGCCGCAAUGCAGGAACCAAGCCUGACUCGCCUGGUCUGGAAGCUCCCUUUUUGGAAAAGAAUGGAGGCAAUCUGGGUGGAGACUCUCCUGGGUGGUCCGGUGCCAUGGCUAAACGAUACCAGCAGUCCAAAUUGGCCAAUAGCGCCUUUUCCGUUGCUCUCGCAAAAAAAUUGGAAGGGACCAACGUCAAGGCUGUCCUCGCGGCUCCCGGAAUCACGUCCACUGGAAUGUGGGGGCACGCCCUGUCCAAAACCCAGCAGGCAUCGUUUGGAGACCGUAUCAUGAAUGCCAUUAUGGCUCGGCUAGUCCAGAGUGGUCCCGAUGGAGCCAUGCCGAUACUCCGUGCCUGCUUUGAUCCUGCCACGGAAAACGGAGACUUUUUUGAGCCGGAAAAGUGGAGUAAUGCCUAUGGGCCAGCCAUCAAGGUAGAAUACGACGAGAAGACAGCGAAUCCUGAAAAUGCCACUCUUUUGUGGGGCAAGUCGGAAGAGGCAGUGGGCAAAUUCGAUAUCUAGAUACACGUGGUUGGAGCCGGCCAAGGGAUGCAGCACCCCAGAGGUUGGUUGACGUACAUGACAUGUAAACAGCCCUACUACAUCUAUUAAUACUUAUCAUUCAAUGUGUUUCGGACUUUU